AUGUGGUUCCUCCUUCUGCUCCUCCACACCUUCGCUCACAUCGGGCCGGUGAGCUCAGCAGAUCCAAAACAAGGAAAGAUCAUCCUACGGAGCGAAAACAACAACCCCUGUGAAGGACGCGUGGAGGUUUAUUAUGGGAACGAAAUGGGAUAUGUUGGAGAUAAAAAUUGGAACAGCAAUACUGAGAAAGUGGUGUGCAGAACCACUCACUGUGGCCAACCAGUGAGAACAUCAAACGUGUACAGGUCCCUCCACAGCCCAGUCUGGCUGAAUGAACUGGAAUGCAAAGGGGACGAAAGAAGUCUGUGGGACUGUGACGGUUGGCCCGGUCCAAACGUCAGCUUUUACAGAAAGCCCACUGUGAAAAAAAUCACAUGUUCAUCUAAGAUCAGCUUCCGCUUGGAACAACAUGAGUGUGAAGGAGCGGUCAAGUACGUGAUUCAGUCACCUGACUCAGUCCCUGGAAGGGAAGAAACUGGUUACAUCUGCAGUGAUGGGUUUGAAGAAGAUGAUGCCAUCCGUUUGUGUAACAGCAUUUCUGACUGUAAGGGGUCCGGAAAAAGGGUGACAUCUCAGUGGAUGAGGACUGCAGAAUUCAUGACUUCGCAGAAGAGGGCAAAGAUAAAAUGUGCAGGCAUUCAGAACGUAAAACAUCUGUGGCAAUGUGUAGAAUCACUGUCCUCAAAAUGCAAUUUGCCUGCAGCAGUCAGUUGUAAAGGCCACAAAAGAUUACAGCUGAGAGGAAAGAAGUCCAACGUUUGCUCUGGGCGACUGGAAAUGGAGGAGAAUGACAAGUGGAAACCCAUAAAGAACAAUAAAACGAUUCCUGACUUGUGUAAGAAACUGCACUGCGGUGUCCCUCAACCCUCUGAACAGAACGCCACAAACAAUCAUGUGAAUUGCUCAGACCAGGUGAAAGUUGUUCUGACAGAUGACAGUGACAGAGAAAGCAAGUGUUACGGUCACAUCAAAAUACAAAAGAAAAAUGAUAAAUAUCAUGUUUGUGGUGAUGACUGGACUGAGAAAGAAUAUGAAAUGGUCUGCAAAGAACUGGAAUGUGGGAAGGUGAUUAGAAAGGACAUGAAAAACAUGAACAUAAACGGGAUAUUGAACCAUGUAAAAUGCACAGGCAGUGAGUCAUCCCUGUGGUACUGCAGAGCUGAACAUCGCCACCAACAGUGCAAAUCUGCUCCCUAUGUUGUCUGUGAUGGUAGUCUAGAAGUCAGACUGCAGGACGGCCCCGGAAAGUGUGCUGGUCGAUUGGAAGUUAAGGAUGAAGGCCAGUGGAAAACCGUCAGUAAGACAGGCUGGGAUGAUAGUUAUACACAACGCGCCUGCAGGCUGUUGGACUGCGGGAAUGAAGGAAAAGACAAAUCUGAUUCUGAUGAAUUCAGCCAAGGCACUUUUGAUGAUAUGCUAACUUUCAGUUGCAAACAGGAAGAUAAAAACUUGACUGACUGUAAAACCACUAGAACCAACAAUCAAAAUAAGAAAGAGAAAGCAGUGAAACUGAUUUGCAAUGAAAACAAGCUGCUAUUUCUGGACGGACCCAAGUCAUGUUCAGGCGAUGUGGCGAUCGAGUACAAAGAAAAACUCCAUUGGCUCUCGGGGUCAAACGAAACAUGGAAUAAAGAGUUAGCCAACAAAGUGUGCCAGCAGAUGCACUGUGGGAACGCGUCAAGCUUCAAUCAGAGCGUUAAAGACAAAAAUCCCAUAUGGACCGAGUCAUUUAGCUGCUCAUCUGAUCACAAGUCAAUCUUUGACUGCAACAAAAAUCAAAUUAACUCAAAUGAUUCAACUAUUGCUCAUGUGGAAUGUGAAGGAAAAAUUACAGUGACUUUGCAGCAUGGGUGCUGGGGAACGGUCCAGAUUUCUACAGGAGAUGAAGCCGGUCAUGUAAGCGGAAAGCAUUGGUCAGAUACGCUGUCCAAGGCGCUGUGUCAAGAACGCGGCUGUGGGACUGAGAUUCUAACACCCAUAAGAAAGCUUGUCACAAGCAAUGAAAUUAAGUUCAAAAGUCUGUUUAAAAUGAAUAACAGCAUCAAUAUGACACAGUAUAGCAUUAUUAAAAUGGAGACGAAUCCAGAAGGAAUCUGGAUUCCUUCUGGAAGGAAUCCAGAAUCCAGAAGAAAUCCUGAAACCAGGGAUCCUGCCUAUGUUGUUUGCAAAGGCAGCGUUAAGGCAAGAUUUAAUGAUCAUGAUAAUGAGCGUCACAAAUGUUCUGGAAACGUUGAGGUUGAGGUUGAAGGCCAGUGGUUACCAGUAAGCAAAGCGACUCUCAACAACAGGGAAACUCAAAAAACCAUCUGUGCAGAGCUGAAAUGCGGCGACGGUCUGGACACAAAGGCCUACUUUGGGCCCAGACCAAAUGUAAAUCAUGUCGUCACAGUAGAGGGAUGUUCACAAAACACAACAGCCAAAUGUAAAGUUAUCAAUGCCAACAAGUUUGAAAGCACCAGCCAGACAUCAGAGCUAGGAGGCCUCCGCUGCUCCAACUGGAAGACUUUGGCACUGGAAGACUUUGGCACUGAGGACGUGUGUAAAGGAGACCUGGUCAUUUACUCCAACAAAGAAUCUGAGCUCCAAAGACAAUUUGUCUCCGGACAAAAUUUGACACAAGACGAAGGGCAAAAGCUAUGUGAGGCUAUGAAGUGCGGGAAGUACAUAAAAUAUACAAACUCAACUGAACUCAGGGGUGACAAUUGGUAUGAAGGAAGUUUUAAAUGCAAAAAUAUCUGGGAUUGUGAGUCACAGAAACAGCAACGAGACCAGAACGAAACCAAAAAACUCUUCAUUGAAUGCGACGCUAAACCAAAAGUGAACCUUUCAGCGAAUGGAGAGCUGACAAUAGAGAAUGUUCCGGUCUGCAACAGUCACUGGGAGGAGGAUUAUUCACACAUGGUUUGCCAACAGCUGGGAAAAGGCAAUGCCAUUCCUAGUCUGAGCAAAAAGGAACGUAAAACUCUUGAGCUUUCCUACCAUGUCCACUGUGAUAAGCACAAUUACCUCAUUGGUCAGUGCCAACGAACCAAAGGGAAGUGCACCGAAGGGUCCGUAUCUAUCUACUGCAGCCGUGACGUGGAGUUUAAAACAACAGAAACAUGUGGUGGUGUGCUACGUAUCAAAUAUCAGAAAACCCCAGAAGAAAGUGUGAACGUGUGCCCCUCCAACAUUCCAGACCAUUUAUCAAAUAAGUUGUGCAACAAAUUAAAUUGUAGAGGUUUUGAUCCAAAGAAAAACAGCAGAAAGAAGACGACCAAAGGGGAACAAAGUCUGAACUGCAGCAGCUCCUACAAAGACCUGCGCUAUUGUGUCUUAAAGGAGACCUGUGAAUCUUCUUCCUUUUUCUGUGAAGAUUACCAGGAGCAAGCACCACCACCUCCCCCACCAGAACCAACAAAUCCAAUUCCAAUUAUUGUUGGCGUGCUCAUUGUUCUUAUCCUGGUUGCAUUGAUUGUGAUAUUUGUGCGAUACCGCAUUAAGAGGAGAAACAGGAAAGCCAUGAUGCCACCAGCAGAUAUGGAAGAAGCGGACUGGGAUAGUGGAGAGUACGAAGACGUCGACAAAUCAGAUGAAAUGGGAAGCUUUAACCACGGCGUGACCUACGAAGUGGAAGACUCACAGGAAAACUACGACGACAUCGAUGCCAGCCCUGAGAACGCCAAAACCACAGCUGAAGUCCAUGAUGGGCCCCAGUCAGCGCCUGAUGCCGAUGAAGAGGGACCUGAAGACCAGUUCCAGAAAAAUGAAGAGUUCCUGGUGCCGGGUCAGGACGGGUGAGCCUGAACUGGGUCAAAAUGCAAAUCAAGCAGAAUUCUGGUCAAAGACAAAAUGGAUGAUCCCAAAACCUGUCUUCAGUUUAACAUGAAAACUAAUAAUAAUGCAGAAAGUGAAUGUUGUAAAGUGAAUGCAUUUUUUGGGAAGAAUUAUCGACAAACUGAAACUUUUGUAUCUUCAAAUCAUGUAUAACAUACCAGAAGAUGCAAAACUGUUUAGUUUAGAGCUUUAUUUACAAUAAAGCAUUAGAGCCAGGCUAAGAUGUUUUUUAAAGUUAAUAUAAAGUAUCAAGUCAUGUUAUUACCAGAAUAAAGUCAUUACAGUUGAAGAAUGAAGAGGUAAUUUUUUUGAGAACUUAUACACCAAAAACAAUAAGUUAAAAGGAGAAAUGUUUGCACAUUUUGUGCUUAUUUGGUUUUACAAAUAAGAAAAUAUUUCAUUGUUUUGCGCAUUAACGCUCACAUGACUAGCUAACUGCAUCAUAACUCAUUAAACAUUUAUCUUAUAAUGAAUUCACUCUCAUAACAAUUGUGACCUUAUUUUCAAGUUAUUAUGACUUUAUUCUGGUAAUUAAAAAAUACAUUGUCUGACACAUUAGACUCUCUCUUACUUAUUUAAUAUUGCUGAAAGCAAUAUUAAAAUGUAAAACAAACAUAAUAAAAAUUACAUAAAUAGAAAACAACAAUAUAGAACAUAAUACACAAUAACAGUAAAUACAUUGAUUUAAUUUUAUUGUGCAUUUGCAUGAGUUACAUCUAUUACCCCACAACAUAUUUAUCUUUUGUUAAAAUUAGUUCUUGUGCGAUUUUUACUCAACUACAUAAACUUACUGUAAUAAAUGCUAGGAUAUUUUUAAAAAUAUGCUUCUGAAAUAUUAGAUUACUUAUUAUUUAUUCUGGUUUUGAUCACUUCUGUCAUUUUGUCAUGGUAUUUUCUCUGCUUCAUCAUACUGGCUGUGAAGAGUGAGAGGUAGACUGAGAACCUGUUUUUGCUCAUUGAUAAGCCCUUCCUGUUAGUUUGUUCCUGUUUUGGAGAUUCGCUGCAUUCAGUGAGAUUAGACUGUAAAAAAGAAACAGCUAGCCAGUUAAACUAGUUCCUUCUCACUGUAUGGGCAAGUGCUAUAUUUAAGCUAACUGCUUGGGGUGCAGGCUCCAUAUUCAUUAGUUAGUUAGUUAAUUAAUUAGUUAGUUAGUUACAGUUGUAUCUUGUACUUUAAUGAAGUUAUUAGAGCGGGUCAUAUUUUAUUUAAUUUCAACUGUAAAUACAAUGUAAAAAACCAGCAAAUAUAUUAUGUUCCCUUCGUCAUUUUUUUUCCUAUUUCAAAGAUUACUUAGAUUUUUCCAAGUUGUGUUUUAGAUAAGCUUUUAAUUACAGCUGUAGAAUUUAUGUUUGUUAAAAAAAUUUAAACUCAUUGCAAACUUUCAUCUGUAUUGUAGUCUUGCUAUGUGUUUUUAACAAAUGUUUUAGGCUGAAUCCUUUUAUUAUAUUCCUCUUAUGCAAUAUAUCCACUUCAUAUAUUUUGUCUUUGUAGUAAGCAAACCGUUUGACUGAUAAACUGAAAUAAAAGUC